ACCAACUCGCAGCUCUCAAAAAUGCUGAAAUAUCUUCUCAUUUUCGCAAUUUACUGCCAAGUCUCGGAACUUUGCAAAACUCCGAAUAAAGAACCGGGCAUUUGUGUUCCAUUGGAUUCUUGCAUUUCUCUCAGAAGCAUUUUAAAUCAACCGGUUGUACCGCAAGAUGAAUUUGACUUUGUUAUACUUAGUCAAUGUCAGAAGCCAGGAUUUGUUUGUUGUCCAAAUUCAGGAGUUAGUUCAACGACAACAACGACAGAGGAAGUAAAAGAAGUUGUUGAAGAAGUAACAGAAACGCCAAACAUCAUUCAAAGCUCAAACUUACCAGUUCCUGGCGCGGGCGUUUGUGGCAUCCAUUUGAGUGAUAAAAUCUUUGGAGGCACCAAAAUCGGUAUCGAUGAACAUCCGUGGAUGGCAUUACUUGAGUACAAUGAUAACGGUCAGAAUAUUUUCGCAUGUGGCGGAGUCCUGAUCAGUUCUCGGUAUGUUUUGACAGCAGCUCAUUGCAUUCGAACAACUCCUUUCCUGAAAAGUGUUCGCUUAGGUGAAUGGAAUUUGAAAACUGAAGAAGAUUGUGACGAAUCUGGAGAUUGUUCAGAUCCUGUGCAAGAUAUUCCAAUUGAACAAACCAUCUCUCAUAUCAAAUAUGACUCGUCAGAUCGAAAUUCAUUAUAUGACAUUGCCCUUAUUCGCCUUAUCCGACCAGUUCAGUUCACAUAUUUCAUUAAACCGAUUUGUUUACCUUUCGAUCCCGAGUUACAAAAGGACACGAUCGAUGUUGGAAAGGAAUUUACUGUUGCUGGAUGGGGUCGAACUGAAAAAGGCACAUGGAGUGACAUCAAAUUAAAGCUUGACGUCAAAGGAGUUGACCUUCAAAAAUGUAGCCAAGUCUAUGGAAAUCCUCUGACUCCUCAACUUCAACGAAAACUCAUUCCUGAGCAAAUUUGCGCUGGCGGCGAACUCAAUAAGGAUUCGUGUGGCGGCGAUUCUGGAGGACCCUUGAUGCGAACAUGGCGUGAUAGUAAGGGCAAAAAUUAUGUCUUUGUCGCUGGAAUUGUCAGCUAUGGACCCACAAAUUGCGGGCAGAAAGGAUGGCCAGGUGUAUAUACGCGAGUCACGAGUUACCUUGACUGGAUUCAGAAAAACAUUAGACCAUAGCAAAAAAAAAUUCUAAAAACCUGAUUUUUUUUUCGAGCAUGCAUCAACGAUUUGUUGUGAAUAUGCUCCGAGAAGCAAUAAA